AUGGAUGCCAAGGUUCUAAGCCAUUCCCUCGCUACCAAUUCCACACCUAGCAAGAGUUAUGUUCCGUCACAACGUUACUGCACUGCGCCGAAUGUGGAGAUCGGAGAGUCUAAAACAAACCUCAUUAUUAAUUACUUGCCUCAAGGAAUGACUCAAGAGGAGGUCAGGUCAUUAUUCUCUAGUGUCGGUGAAAUCGAAUCGUGCAAGCUGGUUCGAGACAAGAUGACAGGCCAGAGUCUUGGUUAUGGUUUUGUUAACUAUUGUCGCGAAGACGAUGCCCUCAAGGCUGUCUCCUCCUUCAACGGACUUCGCCUCCAGAACAAGACGAUCAAGGUUUCCUAUGCGCGGCCUAGUAAUGAGAACAUCAAAGGAUCGAAUCUUUACGUCUCUGGUAUACCAAAGUCCAUGACUUUGAAUGAACUGGAGGCAAUUUUUCGACCAUUUGGGCAAAUCAUUACAUCGCGAAUCCUGUCGGAUAACAUUACAGGACUUUCGAAAGGUGUAGGAUUUGUACGUUUCGAUAAGAAAGAAGAAGCUGAGCUUGCUAUACAAACGCUUAAUGGGACCGUCCCAACUGGUUGUGUUGAUCAGAUUACUGUAAAGUUCGCAAACAAUCCUGCCACUAAUACUGCCAAAAGCGUGCUCCAAGAGCUUGAAGCUGCCCAACAAGUGGCUGCGUCUAACCUUAUGCCUCUUACUUUGCUCGGAGCUGCAGCCCCUCUUCGUUCAGCCAUUGGACCUAUUCAUCAUGCUCCUCUUGCUGCUAAAUAUCGAUAUUCACCUCUUGCCACGACAAUACCUGGAACUACAGCUCCAGCUGUCACUGCACAAGCCACUGCAGAUUACCUUACAACGAUGCUACAGAUGAGCCAGAUGAAUGCUCUCGCUGGAAUGGCAGCCGCUGCCGCCCCAGCUGCGACUCCACUCGCAGCGUUGGCACCGAGUGCAGCCACUACUGAGCCUGCUGGAUUCUGCCUGUUUGCCUACAACUUGGGCCCAGACACCGACGAUAGCCUUUUGUGGCAAUUGUUCGGACCAUUUGGGGCUGUUCUCAGCGUCAAAGUGAUCAGAGACUUCGCUACGACGAAAUGCAAAGGUUAUGCUUUCGUGACUAUGAUGAACUACGCCGAUGCUUGUAACGCGAUGGCAGCUCUGAAUGGCACACAAAUCGCUGGACGAUCUCUACAGGUGACGUUCAAAGCUGCCUCAGCGACAAGUUCCUUGAUUUGA